AUGGUGGCCCGACUGCUAGGGCUGGCCUUUCUGUUUCUACCCUCCAGCCUGGUCACCUCGAAGACACUGGGACAGAGGAUCCAGCAGCUGGCCGAGACGCUCGGACAGCUCACAGUCAUCUCAAACAGUGCAGCAGCUGUUGAGCAUCGAGAAACUGCCUCUGGCUGCACACGGCCUGUUCACUGUCAGGCUUUCUAUGACAUAGAACAAGGAGCCCAAGUAAAGAUUCCUACAUGUGUGACUUUGUCUUGAAUUGCAGUUCCCGUCAGUAAGCCUUACCUCCUGAUGAGUGAUGUGUCUCCAGUGGAGGGAUCUACAAUGUGGAUGCGCUGCAAUCUGGACAAUGGGACUGGACCAAUCCAGUAUGUGUGGCAGCAUGAGACUCGCAGUGGCAACAUUUCAGCCUUCGCACAAGGCAACACCAGUAUUAUCAACGUGACCAACAUCAACCGCAACCACACGGGCUGGUACCGCUGUGUGGCCAGCAACGCCGUCAACAGUGAGAGCUCCAACCGGCUAUGGCUGGACACCAUCUUUGGCCCGGACCUCCCCCAGAUAGACGUGACUCCAUACAGUAUAACAGAGCGGGGAUAUUCAGCCCUGGAGAGAGAGACUGUUUCUUUACUGUGUCAAGCCCAGUCCAACCCGGCCAGUUCAGUACGUCCUGGUUCUACAACAACUCCCAGGUCUACACCGGGCCGCAGUUGACAAAUCACCAAGAUCCUCCGCAUGCACACUGGCGAAUACGCCUGCUUGGCGCAGAACACAUAUCUGAAUACCCGCUCCAAAAAAACCAUCAGUCUGACUGUCUACUACCCACCCGAUGGCUCUCCCUCCUGUUCUGUGGAGCCGGCUCUGAAUCACACCUCUGUGAGACUGCUCUGCUCCUGGCCUGGUGGAUUACCCUCCCCUCCCUCCACUGGACUGGACCAGGCUCCUGUUUUGCUAACGCAGCGCAGAGUUGUGUCUGUAUACGAGGGGAGCGAUGUGAAGCUCACCUGCAACCUGAGAGCCAACUACCUUCCCGUCAGUGAAAUAAGCUGGUUUAAUAAUCAGGGUGUGGGCGUCCGAGACACCUCGAAGUACGCACUGCUGCAAACAUCUGCAUGGGCCAAUCUGACUGUGAGAGACACGGAUGAGACUCAAGACAGUGGCGAGUACAGGUGCUCCACUUCCAACGCAGUGGGAGGAACUGAAAUCAAUGUCACUUUGGUGGUUAAGAGGCACCCCAUGCCGCCCAAUGCGACCCUGGUCAACGUGAUGUACAACAGCCGACUACGUAUGGAGGUGGAGCUGGAGUGGCAGGUAGAGAACGAAGAAGGAGGAGGUUGGACCGCUUUCAUCUUGCAGCACAGAUGGGUGUCAGAGCAACCAGGAAGGAGAGGCAGCAACAAUGAUUCAAAGGAGGACACGGAGGAGAGGAUCGCGGAACCACGCUACAACGUGUACCCGGCUGUGAUUGGAGCAGCUAUAGGCGGGAUGCUCAUUGCAGCCUUCCUCACAGCGCUGCUGCUCGUGUACAUAAUACGCAACCGCAACAACACACCUCGACUACAUGACAUGCUGUUUGGUUUACAGCACAGCCAGUCGAGGGAAAACAUCAACUUUCCAGAGGAUGAAGUGGUAGGCAGGUCGGAGGGAGGAAUAGAGGAGAUCGGUGGAUCAUCCAGUCCAGGUCCAACCUUGGUUUUACCCCGGGCAGCAUCCCCCCUUACCACCUCACCCCUGAGUGCCACCCACACCGCCAGCCAAGCCCCUCCCCCUGGAGACGACAAUGAGCCCGUCAGCGUCACAAUCACAGUCAACGCUACAGGACCAUAG